AUGGGCCACGACGAUAAAAUAUGGCUCUACUGCGAGUCGGCGGACGACGACCUCACGAGCUACGAAGACGUCACGCUGGCACUCACGCUUCAGACAACCAUUAUCACCAAGGCACCAGACGAAGGCGCGCUGCGCCCCGGCGGUGCCCUCGACCUCUCAAGCCGCGAAGCCAUCGGGCUCUUGGGCCAGUACGUUGCCGUCUGCAUGAUCUACGGCCUCCUUCCGUCGCUCACCUACCCGCUCUUCACGCAGUACCUCAACUUUGACGGGUACCACUCGGCGUCGUACAGCGUGCUCGUCAACAUGUGCUGGUCGCUCAAGAUCUUCUUUGGCAUACUCACCGACUGCUUUCCGAUCGGCGGCUACAAGCGCAAACCGUACAUGCUACUCGGGUGGCUACUCUCGCUCGGCUCGAUUUGCGCCAUGAGCUUCCUUCCGUUUCCAUCUCCGUACCUCAGCCGCGGGCUCGCGCCAAAGUCGGACGCUGUCGUGCACCGCCUCCGCGCCGGCAACUUGACCGACCUCUCGCCCCACGAGCGAGCUCUGGUCAACGAAUCGGCGACCGAAGACGCGGCGCUUUGGAUCCUGCUCUCGUGCGUCUGCAGCUUUGGCUACAUCCUCGCCGACGUCUCGGCCGAUGCGAUGGUCGUGCAGUAUGCCCAGCGCGAGCCAAUGGCGAUCCGCGGUCGGCUCCAAUCGAUGAUUUACGCAACGCGGUUCGCAUCCUCCCUCGUGCCCCACGUCGUCAUUGGUUUUUGCAUGAACAGCUUCGAGUACGGCGGCGACUUUUCCUGGUCCAUGAGCCCCAACUACGUGUACGCGACGCUGCUUUUGCCAUGCGCGGUUGCCCUCUACUGCACGCUCUUCCUCAUUGUCGACGAGCGCACCGAGAAGCCUUAUUUGCCCGACUAUUUGGGUCGUCUCUGGGAACUCCUCCAGCUCCGUGUCGUGUGGCAGAUCUGCAUCUUCCGCUUUUGCAGCAACGUCUUUUUCAACUUUGACGCGACAGUCGUCCCGAUCAUCACGUCGACGUGGGCCGGUGUCGAACCCAUGGCCAUCGGUGUCUUUAGCGUCCUUAACGCGCUCUUCACUGCCGUCUGCAUCUACGCGUGUGGCAAAUGGGGUCUCCAAUGGAACUGGCGCGUCGCGAUCGCGCUCUCGACGAUCGCGAUUGUCGUGAUUGACGCCACAGUGCUCUACUGUACGACGUGGGGGCUGGCGCGAAAUCAGUACUUUUUUGUCGGUGGCUUCAUGCCCGACGUCUUUCCGACGGCGAUUCGGUUUGUCAUUUCGGCCUACUGCGCGGUGGAGAUUGCCGACGUUGGCAACGAAGGGGUCGUGCACAGUCUCGUCACAUCGAUCGUCAACCUCGCGACACCCGUCGCGACCGUGCUCUACAAGUACAUUGACUCGUUCUUUCACGUGACGCGCCAAGACAUUGUCGAUGACACGUACAACGUGCGCUUCCAAGUCACAAUGAUGCUCACGCUCUCGUUUGGUAUGAAAUUGCUCUCGCUCGCAUGGCUCGUCUUGCUGCCACCGCAAAAGGCCGCCGUCCAGUGGCUUAAGCAGCGCGGCGGCUCGAACGCCAUCGUUGGCGGCAUCGUCGUUGCCGUCUACGUGCUCGCCAUGGCCUUCUCCGUUGGCACCAACAUCAUGGCUCUGUACCUCUAUAACGGUCGCACCGUUUUGGUCGAUAUGGAGCUCGUGCGCAAGUCGUCCCAUGGGCUGCGCUACGCGCCAUCGUCUUCCAAGAAGAAGGCCAAUAUGUCGGUGAUGCCGUACUCUGGCUUGGGCCAAUUGUCGUCCGACGACGAAGUGGACGAGCAACUUCGCCGCGAAAGCCACGAAGGGUCCCCCACGAACUCUUCUCGGUGGGUGCCCCCCGCCACCCACCACCACAACAACCAAGAGACCGAGGUCUCCCCUCGGACGUCCUCGAUAUCGUCGUCCUUGUACGACCCCCCAAGCGAUCUCAAAGCGAGCCCUCGACAACGCCCGACGGACGACCCAGCGCGGGUUCUCAUCACUGUGCGCCGAAAGGUCACGUACGAAGCACGCGUCCGGCUUCACGCUGACAAGCCGCCUGUGUAUGUCGGUCGGUACAAGUCAGAGCAGUCGGCCCGCGAUGCAUGUGCCCGCCUUUUGCGAAAGGCGCACGAGAGCGCCGCCAAGUAA